AUGUCCCAUCCUACACCACUAAACUUUUAUAUAGAAUUUGGAUUACGUAGCAAGCAAGCAGCCAGAUCAGAAUAUAAAACACGAUUGAAGCAAGCGCUUGAAUGUGACCUUAACUCGAAGAAAUUGCUAGAAUUAGAAAAAAAAUUGUUUUCGGGCUACUAUGAUAACGACUGGUCACGUUAUGAUGAUUGGAAAGAAAAUAGAAAAGCAAACAAAAAAGUAAAGAAAAAGAAGCGUCAAGCUCAUAUCGAAUUUCAUGCUCAGUUAGAUAACGAUCUUAAUGGUCCACUUACAUCAAGAUAUCAUAAUGACAAUUUCUCCAAUGCUUAUGCAGAUGAAAACGGAUCGUAUCAUGGAGAUGAAUCUGGGCAGGAUAAUGACGAUGAUGAUAAUAACUUCUUUCAUUUAUCUCCAGAGACGCAAGCACACUUCUCAAAGAUCCAUGAACAAAAAGCCAACUAUAAUAUCCAGUAUGUUUCUGUAAAUACAAUGGCUUUUCCGGCCUUGAAAGAAUAUUGUAAUAUAUUAGAGCGAUUGGAGGACCAUUGUGUUGAAGAAGAGUCUCAACGUGGCAGACACCUCUUCAAAUUACUUUCUUGGUCAGUUGUGGACAGUAAAUUGUUCCCGGCACAGGAUCCUAUAUGUUAUCCAGACCUAUGGAGACCGGCUGUAAAUUUUGAUAUUGUAAUUGCGGCUUUAGAGGAUACCCGACAUCAAAAACUGCAAGAUCCUGCUGAUUUUGCUAUUGAUGCACCAACAGCUUUGUCUGCAUUGACAUCAAUCCUACUAUUCACACCCUUACCAGUUCGCCCUGGUGCUGAUCCAUCUGAAAAUCAUUUUAAAUCCCAGCUAUGGACAAAAAUAUUUGGGAAGGGAUCGGCCAGGUCAGAUUUUGCAUGUGUUGCUACUUCCCUUACCACAAAGGAGCAGUACCCUUUUUUUAUCUUGGAGUUUGAAGUUGGUGGUAUGCAGGUCCAUAAAGAUUAUGCUGUUGUUGUUGCUGAAGCGUCCCAUGCCCUAAACCGCAUACUUUCGACGCAUACGUAUUCAGAAUCGGAAAUAUCCUUGAUCCGAAUGCACGUUGCUUUAGUAAAUAAUGCUCAUAUACGUUUUGGAAUGUUAAGACCUCUCUACAGCCAAGAAUACGAUACCGUCUUAUAUCUUUAUGAUCAAGACAUCAAGAGCUUUGACCUGCAAUCAGAUUGCAUUGGAAUUAAUAUCGAAAACACGUUCAAUUUAAUAGUUUAUCUGAGGCAGGUUGUUUGCAAGGAUGGCCUUUAUUUGAGAAAUCUUCUUGACAAAAGGAUUUCCGGAAAGAAACGAAAACUUUGCUCUGAAUUGCCAAGACUUCCAUCGGAGGCAGAAAAAUCAAGAUUAUAUAAGGCGUAUAGUACUUUGGAUGAAGGAGAUGAUUCACGUGAUUCUUCAGCAUAUUAUUGUGGUGAUCUUUUAAUGUUACUUGAAGAAAGCGGUCCAAGAAACAUAAAUCAACAAGUGAUCGGUAAAAAUGAUUCGUCAAUAACUGAUUCUUCGCUAAUGAAGAUUAGUAAUUUAUUGAAUUAA